UCGAAUCGAAAAAAUCAAAUGAAUCCAGAAGAACUCCUCCGCCACCCUCUCCCCACCGAAACCCCCAAGCUCACUCUCGGCUGCCCCCUCCUCGACCGCCUUCUCGGCGGCGGCGUCCCCAUCGACACCAUCACCGAAAUCGUAGCCGAGAGCGGCACCGGCAAAACACAGCUCUCCUUGCAGCUCCUUCUCGCCGCCCAGCUCCCCACUUCCCACGGCGGCCUCUCCGCCUCCUCCCUUUAUCUCCACUCCGAAUUUCCGUUCCCCUUCCGCCGCCUCCACCAGCUCUCCCUUCGCAGGCCCCACCUCCCGGAAAACCCUUUAGACCGCGUUUUCGUACAGCCCCUUCAUUCCGCCGACCACCUGCUCGACCUAUUGCCUCGCCUAGAUUUUCUCGUGCCCAAGUUCAACAUCAAGCUUAUAGUUAUCGAUUCCAUAGCCGCAUUGUUCCGCGGGGAAUUCGAGAACACCCCAGUUGAAUUGAAGCGGAGAUCGAGUAUGUUUUUCAAGAUUUCGUCGAAAUUAAAGUUCCACGCGCGGAAAUUCGGGUUGGCUAUUGUGCUGACGAACCAAGUAGUUGAUGUGAUGGGGUCUUCGGAAAGUUUACGAAUUGGGAAUUCGGUAUCAUUUUUUUCGUCCGGGAGAAGGGUUUCUGCUGCAUUGGGGUUGUCGUGGGCAAAUUGUGUGAACACGAGAUUAUUUAUGUGGAGAGAGGAUGAGAGAAUAGGUUCAUCGGAAAAUGAGAUAGUGGGAGAAGAAGGUGAAACCUUGGAAAAUUUUCAGACAAGAAGGUUCAUUCGGGUUGUUUUUGCGCCCCAUUUGCCUGAUUCUUCUUGCGAGUUUGUAAUUAGAAGAGAAGGGGUUUUCGGGGUUUGAAUGACGAUUAAAUUAGCUCAAACGGUGAAACGAUAUCUUCAUUGUAGAGGAUAUGAUUAUGAGAGGAGGUUUGAUAUAUUGACGAAAGAAGCCAUUGCCUCCGAUAUUCAGUCGGCAUUGUUAUUACCAACGCGUUACGAGGUUUUCUUAUACACCUGAGCUUAAUUUCUUCCGAAACAAAACCAAACGUAUUUUGGUCGACUGCGCCUAAUCGGUGAGCUUUUUGUACGGUAAAUUAUCCCAAUAAGAGCAAAUGAUGUUGAAUACCGGUUAAUAAGAUUAUUAGGGAAAUAGAUGCUACAAUAUAGAUGCAAGAUUUUGUAUCAAUUGAUAUAUACUACGUCUCACGUAAUCAAAUGUAUGUUUUUUAUUUGAUGUAUUCUUGGAUUAAAACCAUCUGUAAUAAGAUUGUAGAUAACUCUAUCAGCUUUCAUUAAUCAAGGAAUUGCUGUUUCCAAGGAAAUACAUCAAA